AUGAAUUUUUUACGUGAUCUGAGUAAUAUUAUUGGUAGGUAUACGUCAGGUUCUUUGAGAAGAUCUAACUCUCACAUCUGUGGAGGUUCCCUGGUCAAAUCUCAGAGUGGAACUCAAUACUAUAUCACUGCUGCUCAUUGUGUAUAUGGUGGCAACGCCAACAGUUACUCUGUGAAAUUCGGAAGUCACUUUAGAACUACCAGUGAAAGUGGAUCCGUCACCAGAAGUGUCUCUAAGAUUACCAUGCAUCCAAACUACAACGCCCAGAACUUGAGAAACGAUAUUGCUGUAUUGACUUUGUCCAGUCAAGUCACCGAAUCUGACAGAAUUAAACCAAUCUGCUGGGCCAGUCGAGGAUACACCAAUAAUGAAGAAGCUAUUGUUAUCGGUUGGGGAACUUUAACCGAGGGCGGUUCUUCCCCUAAUAACCUCCAGGAAGUGAGUAAACCAAUCCUCUCCACCAGUUCUUGCUCUAGUCUGGUCAGUGGAUUCGAUUCUAACACUAUGUUGUGUUCUGGUUUAAUCAAUGGUGGUAAAGAUGCUUGCCAGGGUGACAGUGGAGGACCUUUAUUCACAUCCCGAGGUGGUAUUUAUGAACUUACAGGUGUUGUAAGCUGGGGUUACGGCUGUGCCAGACCCAAUAACCCUGGAGUAUACGCUGAUACUUAUAAACUCGGAUCCUGGGUAGAUUCCAUCAUCAACUAG